AAUUUCACUUCAUUUACAUUUUUAUACCAAUUUGAAGUUAAAUUUCUUUUUUGGUGAUUAUUGAUUAUUGAUUGUGGUAAUGAACCCAACAGGUAAACAAAAAAGGUACCAUGGUAAAACAUCGGGCUUGUGAUGAGUGCAGUGAGUAACUCAGGACUAGAAAGAGUCAACCUUCAUGCAAUGGCUGAUGAGACGAAUGUAGGAGUAAGAAAACUUGCUUGCUCAAAGGACCCAAGUGGAUGUGAAAGAUGUGUGCGAGAACACAUAACAUGCCAUUAUUCUGACCAGAAACCAAUGGGAAGACCGAGAAAGCGGCAAUUCAUCGAAACUAUUACAAAUGAACCCAUCAAUGUACAUGGCCAGCUACAACCUCUUCCCGAUGAUGGCACACUGCCCCCUUUCUUUGGCGAUGAAUUUGACUAUUUCGAUGGUGCCAACUUUACCGAACCAUAUUUUACCGAUUCGAAUUUCAAUGAAUCUGGAAAUGCCCAACAGUUUACACAAGCUCUUCCUCUGGACACCCCAAAUUCUCUUUGGGCCUCGGAUGCAGAGGGCGGCCAGGGUAUAUGGCAAUUCGAGGAUGCCGAUAUACGAGGCGUGCCUCCUAUCGAUUUCAAUAAUAUAGAUAUGCAUAAGUCGAGUGAAACUCAACCGUUAGCCAACCAAGUGCUUGAACCAUCAACAGGAGCAAAUCCUUCAUCUCCGUCGCCUAAGAGAAGUGAUGGCCCAUCUCCAGUUUCAGGCGAUAAGUGCAGCUGCUUAUCAUCAAUGUAUUUGUCACUUUCAGCAAUGCAACAAUUCCCAAGUGAAAUUGAUGAAGCUUUAAAGGUCGUUCGUGGCGCCAGUCUUGUGGCAUCAAAAGCCAUUUGGUGCCCUUCAUGUGGUGCGAUAGCUUUAAAUUCACCUGUACCUCCUAUUGAAGCCUUCCAAAACACGAUGCUUAUUGGAACCAUAUUACCCAUCAUAGCCAAUGGGUACGGUCGCUUAUUGAAGAUGGUUGAUGAAGCGACUGCUGAGGCCAUUGCCAAAGGUCAAACCAAAAUCUUUAGAUGUCAUGAUUCAGAUGGAUUAUAUGAGCACCGGAAGCCACUUUUUCAGGCAGCAAAUUGUAUCUAUGAAAUAUUCCCUAUGGCAGACAGAGAAAUGCAACCAGCAGAAUGGCGAACUACCGUGAGAGCUUUAUUGCGAGCCGACAUUUAUGGUCAUGAGCAACCUGGAUACAAGUAUAAGGGGCUAAAAGAUAUCAUCUCCGAGAUGGAGCAACGACAGAACGCUCGUCAUAAUAUAUUGGAUGCACAAGUAGCAGCUGGUGUGCGAUCCCUGGAGCAUGACCACUUUCCGGAUUUGAAGACCGCAGAUUCGGCCGCUAAACAAUGCAAUGGAGAGAGAAUAAGAACUUGUCUGGAAAUUCUCAAAAUAGCUAAGAUGGCUGUGGAUAGCAUUGUUAUUGCGUGAUCAGAAAGUGAUUUGCAAUAUGCUUUUGAAAUUUUGCUUCGCAUAUUCAAAUCAAAGUUGAUCAUUGAGUUACUAUAUUAAGAGACUGCGGAGUAUUGGACUUGGUUUACAUUGUUUUGAGCACGCUUCAUUUAUCAAUCAUAAGCUUCAGCUGACGUUGAUUGCCAACCAUCUAAUAUUUUAUCCUCAAUUUCAUGCUAUCUAGACGACACAACCACAAAAGUGUCUGAUAGGCUACCACAUUUCAGUGUGGGAGGCAAAUAAAGAGGGGUAGGUCCAUGGUUGGCUAAUUGGCUUUUGACCACAAUCUAUUUCGGAAAAUGAAGAAUCGGGUGGUAGCCUGAGCCAAAAAGGGUCGCUUGAUUCCUUGAUUUGCUUCUCACACAGCUUAUCUUUACAUGUUGAUUUGCAGUCCCCCUUUAACGAAUUAGGACGUCUCUCAAGGACAUUUAGAUGAGCGACAACGACAGAAAUAGCAUCAGACAGCGACCCCAUUUCUCAAGUCAGUAUUCUGUGCAAGAUGCUUUUUCGUAUCCAAUUUCCCAGGGAUAGAAAAGAAUUCAUUCUGAAAAGCAAUCAUGAUAGAGACAUUGAAUUUUACACUUCACGCUUGUUUCUACUUACACUUGCUUGGGUCUACCUGCUCGGUACUAUCUAAUUAUUGCAUUCAACAUCCUCAUAACAUCAUAGGCGAGGAAUACAGUUAGACCUUCAGAUUAGACCUGGGCAUUCAGAAUCCAUGAGAGGCAGAAGAGAUAAAUUGGAAACAGCCCUCACAAAUAAUAGCCAGUGAUUAGGUACUUACCGAACCAUGGACUCUCAAAGCAAUGCUAACUCUAUUCACUGGAGUAUUUGGGCAGGGUGCCCAACAAUCUGACUAGCAUACUAAUAAAUAUGAGCGAUUAAUAUCCGGGAAAUAUUGAAUAUUUGUAUGUAAUCCCUCACUUAAUGCUUAAAAUUCAAUACCAGGUAUUUGGAAGGUAUAAAUUAUUCGGGAC